AUGGAUGACAGUGCGACCUAUGGAUCGCCAGGCAACGGCGCAUCGCCCAACAGUAACCCAAUUCUCGCCCAGCCUCCUCUGCAAGCCGACUCGGGCGCUGGUGAUAAUGAAGAUAUCCAGAUGUCCGAGGGGCUAGGUCUUGAUGCAACCAUUAAGCAGGACAGCACAACUCCUGCGCCUGCUCGCGGCGAUGAAGAAAUGAACGAUGCGCCGUCUGAUGAAACCAAGCCCAAGGAAGAUGGCGCUGCUGGUACCGACGGUCAAGAAACCAAGACGAAGGAGGUGGUCGAGUCCGCUGCUCGUGAACAUCUCAUGACGCAAACCCACGCGAUUGUCCUACCGAGCUACAGCACCUGGUUCGAUAUGAACGCCAUUCACGAAAUCGAACGCAAGGCCAUGGCUGAAUUCUUCAACAACCGAAACCGAAGCAAAACGCCAGCUGUCUACAAGGACUACCGUGACUUCAUGAUCAACACAUAUCGUCUCAACCCCGUUGAGUACUUGACAGUCACAGCCUGCCGAAGAAACUUGGCUGGUGAUGUCUGUGCCAUCAUGCGUGUUCACGCCUUUUUGGAACAAUGGGGCUUGAUCAACUAUCAGGUCGACGCCGACCAGCGCCCCUCGCAUGUUGGGCCGCCUUUUACUGGCCACUUCAAGAUCAUUUGCGACACCCCUCGAGGUCUCCAGGCGUGGCAGCCUUCAGCUGACCCUGUAGUUCUGGAGGGCAAGAAGAGCCAAGACACUGACCAAAAGGCUGCUGCGGCCACUCCGGCCAAAGCAGAGCAGAAUCUCGAAAUUGGACGAAACAUCUACGAGGCCAAUGCCAAAAGCUCUCUCAUCAGCAAAACCGAGGGCAAGACAAACGGCGAAACCCCAACCACCAACGGCGUUCCUGGUGCCGAGGAUGCCAUCAAGGCCCCUAUUGCCAAGGUGCAUUGUCACCAGUGCGGCAAUGACUGCACUCGUAUAUACUACCACAGUAACCACACCGAUGCCAACCCAAAGGCCAAGUACGAUCUCUGUCCCAACUGCUUCACCGAAGGCCGUCUGCCUGCAAACCACAACAGCAGCAUGUAUGUAAAGAUGGAAAACCCGACUUACACAUCAACUCUUGAUCGCGACGCGCCCUGGACAGAUGCCGAGAUUCUUCGACUUCUUGAGGGUCUCGAACGAUUUGAUGAUGACUGGGGUGAGAUUGCUGAGCACGUUGGUACGCGUACUCGAGAAGAGUGCGUGCUUCAAUUCCUGCAACUGGAUAUUGAAGAGAAGUAUCUGGAUUCCGAAGCUCCUAUCAACGCACCUACUGGCUUGUCCAUGCUCGGCCCACAACAAGGACAGCUUCCCUUCAGCCAAGUCGAUAACCCGGUUAUGUCUGUUGUUGGUUUCCUUGCUAGCCUAGCAGACCCUGCCAGCACGGCGGCCGCCGCCAACAAGUCCGCCGAUGAGCUCAAGCGCAAGCUUCGUAAGCAGCUGGAUGGUGACAAGGCUGAUGAUGAGUCUCAGUCCAACGGCGACAGCAAGGCCAAGAGCGACUCCAUGGACAUCGACCUUCGACAAGAAACCACCACGACAACCACCACGACAACCACAACGACGAAGACCAAUGCACUGGCUUCCAUUCCCCUGGCUUCGAUAGGCGCUCGGGCGGCAGGAUUUGCAUCACAUGAGGAGCGUGAAAUGACACGCUUGGUCUCUGCAGCCUCGAACGUAACACUGCAAAAGCUAGAACUCAAGCUCAAGUACUUUGACGAGAUGGAGGAGGUUCUCCGUGCAGAGCGACGAGAGCUUGAACGGGCCAGACAGGAACUCUUCUUGGAUCGAUUGACGUUCCGACGAAGAGUCCGAGAGGUCCAGGAGGGUCUAAAAAACGCGGCAGCUGUUGGGGGCGAACAGGGCAUGCGACUUGCUCAGGAUGCCAUGAAUGACGGUGAUCGAUUAAGCUUCCAGGCUGCUCCUGGUGCAUCAGCAGUCCCCCCACCCAGCAGUGAUGGUCAGAUCAAGAGCUACGAAGCAUAA